CCGCAUGGCGUUCACGCUAGGUGCCCUGUGCCGCUGAGGCAGCACUGCUCCUUGACGAAGUUUGCUUAGUGCAAGCAUGGAGCCUCGGUUUCCAGGCUUUCCGACGGUUUGGGAGCCGUACACGGUAGACCGACUGGUUGAUUUGGCUGGUCGGCAGUGCCUGCAGCAACUGUCUCAGCUUGUGGCUGUGGGGCCAGAACUCAGGCUUCCGGCCCCAUUAUGCGAACGCCUGCUGAAGCUGGCCGGGGAUGACGAUUAUCCAGCCUGUGCCUCUGCCUGGUGUUCGCUUAUUGAGCUCCUGGUGAUGGCGCCCGAUCGUACCCGCUUGGAGAGGCUGCGGGUGCCACCGAACCGGCCCUUGAGUGAUGAAGAACUCGCGGCCCUAGCCGUAACGCACCCACUGCGGGACUUGGAUCUUGGGAAGUGCACAGGCCUGACACCUCGAGUCCUUCCACUGCUGGCACAGGGCCAAGCAAUCUCGACAGGGACGCUACAGUCACUGACCUUGCCUCUGAACCUGCUACAGCUGGAUGCCAGGUGGGUAUUCAUGCAAGAAAACAGCAGUGGAUGUUCUAAAGCCAUUUAUGGCACACACGUUGGACAUUCGUGACAGAUUCCAGCUUGACAUCGACU